AUGGAGGCCCAGUCUGGCAAAAUGCUGAUCCUAUGCACCUUAUUACUUUUACUCUCAGGAGUCAAUGCACUUCAGCUCGGACGCCGCAACAUCACGUCCUCAUUCCUUGACUCAAAAACUUCGGCAUCUACACACAAACCUACCUCCAUACUUGCCGAGAAAAGCUUAAUAUUAGACACCAAGACCUCAACCGGAACUAAUGUAUGGACCAUCGCACUUUACUCAAAGCAAGACUGUGAAGGUGACUACUAUCUGAUCAGUGGUGUAACCACCGAUUUCGAUCAGUGCCUUGAGCUUCAAACCAACGAAAUUCCUGAUCAGCCCAGUCAAACGAGCACAUGGUGUGAGUGGUUCACUGAUGGUGGUAUGGAAUCGACAUCGUGUGACAAGGGAACUAUCAAUACGCCUGUCUCGAUGGAGCUUACAAAUGCUACCUGUGAGGUUUUCUCUAGCGCCGCUUGCUCGUCGAGUUCGAGUUAUAUUGCAGAGUAUGUAGGCGAAGGGAAUGGGUGCUUGAAUGAUAAAAAUGAGGCUACAGUGAUUGACCCCUGGGGCUCGCUCGCUUGUAGUUGGAAUGGUGGCUUUUAG